AUGAUGGCCCACGUUGUUGGCACCCAAGAAGCUGCGGAGGACUCCGAGGGAGAUAAUGAUUCUGCUUCUCCAUUUGAUGGUGGUGGAUACAUCUCUGACACCUCGCGAGGUGCACGUCUAGUUCUACAAUCAGAACAACGUCAAGUCGAUAUGGAGGGUCCAGAGAUCAACAUCCCGAAUGAUGAACCGCCGCGUCGGUUCUCAUGCAACUCGCUUGCCGGCAGCUCCAUGACCACUCCCCAAACUGUCUUGUCAAUGAUUGGAAAAGAUUGGCUGGACCACUAUACGAACAUCUACUUCCGGCAUGUACAGCCUCAAUGGACGUUCAUUGACGAAGUAGCUUGGCGAGACGCGUAUGCGACUCACUCGUCCAGUUUGUCUGAGGCUGCGACAUGUCACCAUUUUGUCAUUCAAAUGGUGUUAGCCAUUGGUGCUCUAGUGAGCAGCUCCUUCCGCGCAGACUGUCCGCACCUUGUACAUGCAUCCAGACUUCAUGACGAAGCUAUGAACAAGAACCUGGGCAAUGUUACCGGACAUUCGUCACCACUGAUCAGAACUCAAGCUUCCUUGUUGAUGCUUCUGUAUGCAUUUCAUGGACCAUCGCCAGACCCUGUUUCUGGAAGUGUUAUGUUGGUUCUCAUGAAUUGUGCAAAUCUGAUGGAUGACAAACAUGAGGUCGAUCUUUACGCUGGAAAUCUUUGCGUGGACUUUGAGCAUACCCGUAACAUGACUAUUAUGAGCUCCCACAUUUUGAACGAGGUCGUGGCGUCAGCUUGGACAUAUCCCCAGCCCUUCAUGUUCGAGAUACUAGAUGAAAAGAUCUUUCGAAUUGCCUCCCAAAUGCCUGCCGGUGAAACGGAGACGGGAUUCUACAGGCACAUAUUCCAACUCAGGUGUAUCCAAUCAAAGAUUCGUCACUUCAACAAGAAGCUUCAGAAGCUGGAUCCCUCAGAUCCAUUCAGAGAAACUAGCCGACUGCGCUUGAAAGAUGAACUUCAAUUAUGGAAAGAAAAAAUCGAGGCGGUCACGAGUUCAAGCCCGAAAGACGACUUGGUAUACCAUGAACCUAGUUCACUGUCAAAACUGUACGACUACAGCUUAUCUAUCCUGGUGCAAGAGCGGCCGUGCAUGAUGGGCCACGAAGAGGUUGGUCAAUUAGUGGAAUGCUGCAGCGAGGCGUGUCGUACCUUUCUGUCAUCUCAGGAGAAUGACUCGGUGAUAUACCGGACUUGGACUGCCUUGAUGUACCAAUUCAGACUCGGGAUCAUUUUACUUUACUGUUACGCAAUGACGCCACCGCUCCUUAGGACGGCAAACUUCAGUCUUCCUGAUACCAUCUCCGGCUUUGAAUGCUGCCACAGAACUAUGGAGAAGUUCUCGAUCAGGUGGCCUCGGGCUCUAGUAUUUCUGCAGUCCUUUCAGCUCCUGGCGGAGUCGGUGUUCGAUGGCCCUGCCUUCGGUGGCCAAGCAUCUUGA